CGUAUCAGCAGCUUGUUUCGCGGCGUCCGCCAUUUUGCACUCGCGCUAGCUUGUAUCUCUAACGUCGGUGCUGCAGAAUAAGGACGUCUACCGUUUGCCACGACACCGGGGUUUGGAUCAGAUAAGCGGGCCAAAUCAUGUCGAACCCGUCAGCAGACGCGGAACUUCCAGAGAACGCCGAAGUCCGAAAAUUAACGGACCUGAGGGUAAUCGAUUUGAAGGCCGAGUUGAAGAAACGAAACCUGGACACGACUGGGGUCAAGAGCGUGCUGUCUGAGCGUCUUAAAAAGGCUAUUGAGGAAGAAGGUGGCAAUCCAGACGAGAUUGUUGUUGUCCCAGAGUCGACCCCCAAAAGAGCAAACGCUACACCCAAACGAGCUCCCAAAGGUAUCACGCUUGAAAACAAUGAAACAGAAGACGGGUCUGUGGAGGAGGAUUCUCGUGGCGAACACGAGGAGCUUCUGGAUGAUCCAGAGAACAUGCAAGACAUGGACAUCCUUGACAUGAAUAUUCUAGAUGAUACGGAGAACGACAGCGGCAUACUAGCCGAGGAUCAUCUGGAUGGUGCCGAGAAUUUUGACAGGGAAUAUGCUGCCGGGUUGGACGAAGAACACGACUUUGAGUCAGAAGAAGCAAGAGGUUUAGAGCUGGACCACUGUGAGCUGUUGGACAAGGAUGAAGAUGGACAAUAUUUAUCCUCUAAUAUGGAUGGAGGCGGAGAUGGGCCUGGAGAACAAACAGAAAAUGACAAAGUAGCCGGGUCUUGUUUAUCUGAGCCGCUUAAAGAAGAGCCCCACCAGAGCCACGAGUCGGGCCCCGAAGAAGAGCAAGCUGCCACCGCUGGAGGGGAGGACAGUGUGUCCAAGGCUGACGCCGCCGCCCGUGGAGAUGUGGGAAGCGACCAGGAUAAUGUGGAGACUGGAGCCAAAGAGGUUGGGGACGCACGCAAAGUCCCCGAAGAGACAUUUGUCGCUGAAAACGAAAGCUCGCAGGCUGUUAGUGUAAGCAAACAGGGCGGCACAGGGGAAACUGUUGGUUCAGAAAUGGGGUCUAAGAAGGGUGAGGAUGAGAAGACGGAAGAGAGCGCUGCUGCGGACUCAGCCCUGAAAGAGUCGUCCUCUGUUGAGGGCGACGAUCAGAAGAAGAGCUCCGAGGACAAAGAUGGAAAGGCCGAGUCAAAGGAUGAAAAGGCCGCUGGAGGUGGUGCUGCCGCGAGUAGCAGGAAUCUGUGGGUCAGUGGUUUGUCCUCCACCACCAGAGCGACUGAUCUGAAAAGUCUGUUCAGCAAAUACGGAAAGGUGGUCGGAGCAAAGGUGGUGACCAACGCCAAGAGUCCCGGCGCUCGCUGCUAUGGCUUCGUCACCAUGUCGUCCUCUGAAGAGGCCACCAAAUGCAUCGGCCAGCUGCACAGGACCGAGCUUCACGGGAAGAUGAUCUCUGUGGAGCGGGCUAAAAAUGAGCCGGCGGGGAAAAAGCCUGCAGAGAAGUCCGGCACAGAGAGAAGACAGUCCACCGACUCCAAGUCUGAUGGAAAGGAAGAAAAGUCUGAGGGAGAAGGAGACGGCAAAGGGCGAAACGAGAGGACUGUGGUUAUGGACAAGUCCAAAGGAGAACCGGUUAUCAGCGUCAAGACCAAAAGCAAGAGCCGGGACAGGAGCACAAAGAGCCGCGAUCGUAAGUCCUCCAGUAAAGAAAGGAAAGACAUCCUGACAUUCGAUCAGAUCAAGAAGCAGAGGGAGCUGGAGCGGCAGAGGCAGUUCGACAGGGAGCUCAGGGAGUGGGAACGCCGCCGAUUUACCGAUCGGGACAACCGUCCGGACCGCGAGCGCGAGCGGAUCCGUCUGUUCCGUGAGAGAGAGGAAAAGAAGCACCUGCUGCGGAAGAGACACUGGCUGGAGACUGAGAGGGAGCGCCUUGAAGCCGACCGCAUGGAGCGGCAGUUCCUGGAGCGCGAACGGAUGCGGAUCGAGUACGAGAGGAGGCGCGAGCAGGAGAGGAUUCUCAGGGAACGCGACGAGCUGAGGCGGCAGCAGGAGCAGCUUCGCUACGAACAGGACCGCCGCCCCUUCAAAAGGCCGUACGACAUGGAGGGCAGGAAGGAGGAGUGGCCUGACAAGCGCAUGGCCAUGGACGACCGUUACGGCCGUUCCGACUUCGGCCGCCAGGAUCGCUACCAGGAUUUUGACCACAGAGACCGGGGCCGAUUCGCAGACAAUCCUCGGGGGAUGGGCCCCGACAGAGACGGACAGCACUUUUCAGACAGACACAGCAGGGAGUCUUGGGGUGGGGGCUAUGACAAGCGCAUGAACCCCAGGGAUGGCGGCCGUGACUGGGAUUCUGGUCGGAAGAUGGAUGGAGACCGGCCUUGGCAAGGUCGUGACGGCGCCGUGCCGGGCCAGAGCCACAUGGCUCGUGGAGGAAUGGCGGGGCGUGGAGGCUACAUGAACGCAGGAGCCUCUCAGUCGCUGUCCGGACCCCUGAACAGAACAAAUCCCAUGAUGCCGGGCGGCGGCGGCGGUGCUGGCGGACUGCAGGGAGGAGCGUUCGGGCGGCGUUAUUGAUCUGCUGAAACACGGACUUUGUCAGACGGUCAUUUCUCGUGGAUGUGGCCAUCCUGCUUUUGUACAUUACGCGUGUUUAUGUCAUACUUUAAAUCCAUUUUUGAUGGAUUCCUCCCACUUCCUGCUUUGGGCGCCACUGUGACGCCGUGCAAACACUGACGGUGUGAAGGAGAACGUCUUCAAAGCUGUAAGAAAUGUUUACCUGGACUGACGGACCUGACCUCACCAAACGCCUCGUGUCUCCGUUCAGCUUGAUCUGUUUUUUGUUGUUUUUUUUAGAAUAAAGAUGCUUCAGUUUUUGCUGACACGGCCUUUUUGGUUUCUUUUAAUUACAUCCUUUUUUCUGUUUUAAGUGUUGCUUGUUAGAUCUUCCAUCGAAGACUGAGACGUCGCGUGUAAAAAGUCAAAGGCGUUUUAGUUCCACUGAUUAUGGAUGGUUCUUUUAAUACUAAACUUGAUUCAGAACAGUCGACAUCUUGUAAAAUCCACACGAUGAAACAAAAAUAAAAGGUUUUCCAGGA